UUCUCUCACGACUCGAGUGCGCUUCGUCUAAUUAGCAAAAAAUGGGCAUGCGCACUUUGAAAUAGCUAGGCGGGAAGGAUUGUCAAUAUUAUGGAUGACGAGGUGAGGUGGUACAAACUACGUGAUUAUGUCGACUCAUAUUCCUUUAAACUAGAGAGAAAUAUGGCUUAUAAUAAUAUCUACCUUGGAGUUAAACUAUAAGUCUGAGAAAUUUUUUGCCUUUGGUAGACUUAAAAAGAUAAUAAUCCAGCAAAGUAUGGUAAAUAAGUCAGCAACUACGUGAAGUUCCAUCUAUUUCUGUGAUGAAAGCCAUGCCUGACAGUGGGCCUAAAAACAGCAAUGGCUGGAGACGCUACCACCUGCGUCGUAUCGGUCCAAAAGCCAGCAAACAAGGAGUAGCAGAUAUCAUGGAAAAAAUCAAAAGUUGUUGAAACUGGUAUGGUAUUUUCAUCAGCCCAACAAAAUAUAAGCUCAUGGUUAUGGAUUAAAUAUCUUUCAUAAAGUGACUUACAUGAUUGGUAGAAACCCAAACCAGGUGGAUUACGUCAUAGAUUCAAGUAACUUCAUCCAGAGCAGUUACAUCUCUCGAAAUCAUGCCAGGGUUGUCCGUCAGCCUGGGAACAUCCAUCGAUUAUAUGAUGACAGCUUGAAUGGUGUCUUUGUGAAUAAUCAGAAGAUCUCAGGCAGUGUGAAACUGAAUGAGGGUGAUUUGGUGAUUUUUGGUCACCCUGGUGGAGUACGCCUACCUCCAGGGAACCGGACCAGGCAGCCGGACUCUGAAUACCAGUUUAUUUUUGAAGAGUGCAAUUGCCCAGAUGAAGACCUUCCUUCCUCAGACAUCAAUAGAUUACCAUGUGAAGAAACCUCCAUUGUAGAAUGCAGCAGUACGACCCCGAGAGAUGUAUGUGAAGAGCCUGUACAGAAUCAGAACUCAUCAGUUUCUGAUACCACAACUUUGGACUCUUGCGAAACUGAAAACCAAGUCAGUGACCAGGCUGAGAUUGACUCUGGCUCAAAUCGAAGAAGUCCUUUGAAAAACAUGCGUUAUGAUUCUGCUGAGAAACUUUCAUCUAAAAUCACAUAUGAAAAGUCACCAGAUUCCAUGUAUCCUUCAUACAAAGACAGAAUGAAUGUGAAGAACUCAAACAAUGAACCAGAAUCGGGUCUAGCUGCUCUAGACCGCAUUGAGGCUAAUACUCUUCGAGAACUAGAAGAUCUCGGUCGAUACCCUAGUUCCACGUCGUCUUCUACCAAAAACUGUAGUUUUUCUACUGCUGAUAUUUCUCGAAAACCGCUGCAACCCCAUUCUAACCCCUCGUGUAGUGACCAGACUGACCCAGACAUUGAAAUUAUUGACAUCAAGCAGUCUGAUUCACCGUUUCGGUGUAAUGUGCCUCGCCGAAAUAACAGAGAUAAGGACCGAGCAUAUAAAUCUGUCAUUGAGAACCCUCGGACUUACGACAGAAGUAAUAGUGGUAAUAGUAGUAGUAGUAUGAUUGUUGAGAGUUCGCAGCCAGAAAAUACAGAUGUCAUUGAAUGUACAAAUAUUGUCCCCAAAAAAGAAUAUGACUAUCAUCAGGUAAGUUGCUCUUUCCCCAAAAACCCUCUGAUCAGUGGCAUUCGGCCCAUGCUGCCUGACCAAAGUGUUGACAACAGCACUUCACAAGUUCACAUUAUCAUCGACGAUGAUGACACGAUUCAACCUGACCACCGCUCCCCACAAAGCGACUCUCAUUUACACAACCAACGAUCCAUCGAAGCAACAAGCCAUCCUCAUGAAACCUUUGUGCGGACUCACUAUGGUCAGACAGUUAAAAUAAAAGACUCUGAAGAUGCCAUUUCAUCCAACGUUGAUCAACACCAUUUAUUUAAUUUGGACAACCGGCAGCAGCCAGUGACCAGGAUUAUACCUGCUGACGGCCAUGCUGGUGGAUUACAUAAAGAUGUCAACAUUCCAGUUGCUAUAGAUAGUUUACUAGGGACCAACAAUCCUUCGGCUACCUUGCUGAGCCAACCCAGUUAUGUGGACAUCAGCCAGCUCAGCAAACGAAAGCUUGAGCUUUCUCCACCAAACCAACAGCCCUCCCAGAAAAAGGUCUGUGAUGAAGCAAAUGUUUCUGUAAACAUUUCCAACUCACCAAAAGUGAUGGAAGGGACCUUCCAUAUAAAAAAUCCAAAUAUCACCCCUGUGUCUGGCUUUUCUCAGCGCGUGUCUUGUAAUAUGAACUCGGACAAUUCUAGUGAGUUAAGUUUAGUCACCAAAUUUGAGUUCAAAAUUGGCAUGGACAAUAAACUUGUCUCCAAGGCAGGUCUUGUUGGUGACCACAACUUGGUGGCUAUUGCGGAUGACAGUCAGAGUGGUGUAGCUUCGACAUGCCGCAUCGAAGAAGUAGUCCCAACAGCCGAACCCAGUGUGGUCCCUUCAUCAGCGGACGUACGAGUUGAGGCAGAUACAACGGUGUCAGAGCAUCAGCUGUCACUUUCUAAACCUCAUGCUGCAUCUACGUUAGAGUCUAUGAUAUCACAGAGUUGCCGUCCAAUGGAUACUUCUGACGUACAACAAAUUGUUGGCUCAACUGGCAUCGACAAAGCGAUGCCUUCAUUUGUAGGUAAUUCUCAUCCAAACACAAUAAUAAAACCACCACCACAUCUAACCACCUUGUCUCCAUCACCUCCCAUAUUUACACAUCCCUCCGUUAGAACACAACACAAUGAAACCACUGUACAAAACUCACCCACAAACAACACUAACAACACAAACACAACAGCCAACAAUAACAACAACAAUAACAAUAACGAUAGCUCCACCACAUCUCACAGGUCACAAGUAGUAGAAGGAGCUUCUACUACAAGUUCCGUAGUGGUGGCCAUGCCAGAUUCUCAUAGUGCAUCGUCAACAAACUCUAGUAAUGACUGGAAGCAUGAUCUCAUUGUUGAUGCACCAAUGGAAUCUGGCGAUCAGCAGGUACACGUGAAGCUGGAGAAAUCCGAGCCAGACACUAAACACACUAUCAAAGAAGAGAAUGAUCUUUCUUGUGCUAACCCUGAUACCAACAGUUCUUCAGACACAUACACUGACUCACAGACACAGUAUGCAUGCAUUUCAUCUGGUGUGACAACGGCAACGGCUUCCGCAGAGAGAGAGAACGACCGACCUCCUGAUGAUAAGCACGCUUUUCUCGAUGACACAAAGUCUGAAAGUCAAUCAACUGCAUCUUUACCUAUACUGGAACAAGAUGUUUCCCGAGACCCUUCAAAUUUAGAUACAUCGUCUGUAACGAAGCUACCCCAGCAUGUGACCAAAGUCGAAUCUCCUGAUGCUAAGCUUAAGGCCAGUGUUAAAAGUGAUUUAACGGAUUAUGAAACUGAUGAUGAUAUGCUGUUGAAUGAUGAUGGUGUUGAUUUAAAUAAAAGCCUUGAAAACACCGAAGAUGAAGAACUCUUGCUCAGUCCCAAUAUAACUCCAUUGCCAGAUGACCCAGAUUCCCACACUACGAACAGCGAUGCUACAUUAGGGGAAUCAAAAAGUUCUACGCCUGUUGAUCCCUGUUCUAAGGGAAGUGAAAGUCUCCCUAAAACUCUCGAUGGGGAGUUAUUGGUUUUGAAACAGGAACGAGAGUUACAAUCAAAUGAAGAUCUUAAACAAAAUUGGGAAUCCAAUUCUGUAAAAGAAAAAUUAAUAGAAAACGUGAAAACAGAGUCAAACUUUUAUAGCCCCAACUCUCCAUAUUAUAUGCCACAGUCUUCUGAGCACAGUUUGCAUGUAGAUUCAAAAGGUUCUAUGGAUUCUGCCUCCAAAGAUGCAAAGCAUUCAACUGAAACAAACGGAUCGCAGAGUAAUUCGAUGGUUUUCAAAAGUGAGCAAAUACCUCAAGGAAAUAAUGUAGCGUCACAAGACUGGCGGCAAGACCAAGGACCGAUGAAAGCUGGUUUGUUAGAGGAAAAUAUCAAAAAAGAGAUUGUGUUUUACUUACCCGAGCCAUCAUCGACACCUGCCGAGAACCCAAACUUGAAUGUCGAGCAGGAAAAUGACAACUGGGUAUCCACAACUUUCAAAGAUAUCAAGACCAGUAUAAAAGUUGAGAAAGAGUCGGAUCCUGGUUAUGACUCUGCUGUUGCCGGUUCCACUGGAAGUGAGCAAAAUCGUGUCUUUGUUUCACCACUUCCUGAGCAGCCAUCAUCAACACAUGUCUCAAGUCAUACAGCAACGAAAGAACAUAAUUCACAGGCAUCCACCUCAGUCACUUCUACUUCAUCUACCUCUUCGUCUAGCACUCCAGCUACUUCUACUGUUGCUGCUGCCAUUACUGAUCCUGCAAAUUCUUCAGCAUCAACGAGUCAAGCAGAAGAAGAGAGCAGCCGUGUGGAGAAUGUCUUCACACAGAGUAAUUCCUCUGAGGCAGCACCUGAACAAAAGGAUGUUAACGAGGAAGAAGAUAUAGACAAUGAUAACUUCGAAGAUGGAGAUAUAGAAGAUUUUGAUGAAGACGAAGAUGAUAUUUCUAACGAGGAAUUUGGUGAUGAAGAUGAUGUAGACUCCCUAAAUUUUAGUGAAAAGGAUACUGAAGAGGGACUGUCUACUAAAUUAAAAGACCUCGAUGACGAUGUUGAUGAUGAUGAUGAUGACAAUGAUAUUGACAAUGAUGGUGAUGGCAAUAAAGAGAAGAAGACAGAUGAAGUGAACAAUGAAUCGAAGUCUAGUAAUGACAAAGAAUUGUCAAAGGAAUCGGAGAAAGACAACAAUGACAAUAACAAAAGCAAUAGCAACACGAAAGCUUCCAAAACUGACACGAUUUCACCAGCAAGACAACGCAUUUCUGAGAAAUUGCUCAGUAUCAGGAAGAGGAAGGCUGCGAUGGCAGCUGCAAAUGCUUCCUCAUCAAAGAAAUUAAAAACUGACGAACAAGACCAGCCCGCAGACACGUGUGGCUCUUCCAGUCCAAGUAAUUUGUCAAGUACCCACGCAACACAUCACUUUGACGAGUCUAGCCAGUCUGAUCUUCAGGAUGGCAUGAGCAAGAAGACAAUGAAACUACCAAAAGUUGACAAAGACAAGGCACGUUCUCUUCUGGAGAAAUUAAGAGAGAAGCGAAAGUAUUUAAAGAUUAAAAAGACAGUUCCAGUGUCCCCUCCUGAAAUGGAAACGAAAGACGACAACCAAAAUGCAGAAGACAUUCCAGAAGAUGAAUUGACAGCAUCUUCACAAGCUUGUCAAAAGCUCCUUGAUGAAGAAGCAAGCCAAAUACCAAAGUGUUCAGAAAUUGUACAGAAUAUCCGGAAAGUUCUUGAUAAUCGGGAGGAUUUGAAAAAUUUACAUCGAGUACGAAAAUGGCUUGAAGAACUCAAUGAACUGAACAAAAAAUUGAAACUUCCGCGGACAGUUAUUGCUGUGGUUGGUGACACGGGCGCCGGCAAAUCCAGCUUGCUGAACGCUUUGUUGGAUCACGGGAACAUUCUGCCGACGUCGGGCAUGAGAGCAUGCACUGCAGUAGUAGUUGAAGUGCAGCAAAACCUGCGCACCAACUGCUACGAGGCCGAUAUUGAUUUCCUAUCUCUUGAGGAAUGGAACGACGAACUAGAAAUUCUGUUUGGCGAUCUCCAGUCCUCCGAUGGCAAGAUUCAUUUCUCCAGUCGCAAUCUUGACCCCAAGUCAGAGACAGGUGUGGCAUUUAGCAAAAUCAAAGCUGUCUACGGUAAAGUUUCAACAAUUGAUGUUUUGAAAAAGACAUCAACAUCAGUCACAUCAUGGCUUGGCAAAACCAAACAUAUCAAGGCAUCGAAGGCUGAGGAGUUCAAAUCCUAUAUUGACCAUUACAUUGAGUCUUCAGACAAAGGUACUGGCAAUCAGUACUGGCCAGUGGUCAAGAAUGUCAAGAUCUACAUACCUAACAGUGAUGUACUCAGCAGUGGAGCCAUCCUUGUUGAUUUACCUGGAGUCAGGGAUUCAAAUGCUGCUCGUGAUAAAAUCGCUAAAGAAUAUCUGAAAAAUUGCAACGCUGUGUGGGUGGUGUCCAGUAUUCAUCGUGCUGUCGAUGACCGUACUGCAAAAGACCUGCUGGGAGAAAGUUUUCGGCGUCAGUUAAUGAUGGAUGGUCAGUAUGGAAGCAUAGCCUUUAUCUGCACUAAAUCUGACAUCCUAACAUCUUCAGAGAUAAUCAGGAGUCUGGAAUUAGAAGAAUCCUUUGAAGCCGAAGAAGAGGCAAUUGCUGAUCUGGAAGCUGAAAAGAAAAAGAUUAUACAAUCAAAAGCCAAGCUCUUAGCUGAAAUGAAAACCCUCCGGCUUGACUUGAAGGCCAUCCGAAUGGAUCACAAAGAACUAGUGGAAGCUAUAACUGAGAUCCAAUCAUUAAUGGAGGAAUCGGAAAGCAGUGAGAAUGAAGAUGAACUGAAUGAUUUAAAAGCCGAAACAAAAGAGAAAGUUGAAGUAAUGGAAGAGAAGAAGAAAGAACUUGCAUCAAAAAGGAAAGAGGCUGAAAAAUUAACAGGAAAGAUAUUAAAAUUAGAUCAUGAAAUCUGUGUCAACCGGAAACACAUUGCUUCAGUUUGUGCCAAAGCCAGGAAUGAAUAUUCUAAAGCUCAAAUCAAGAAAGAUUUCAAAGCUGGUCUUAAGGAAAUGAAGCGGAGAGCUAAAAUGGCUUCCGAAGACAGUGAUGAGGAGAUAUUACCUGAAGAAGACGAGGAGGAUAUAGAAAGCUCUGCUGCCAAUAAUUCCAAUGACAACGAUCCUAACAAAAACAACAACAAUAAUAAUAACAAUAACAACAACAACAACAACAACAAUAAUAAUAACAAUAACAAUAAUAGUAAUAAUGAAGAAUUUGAAGAAUAUGAGAAAAAUCUUAAUGUAUUUUGCGUUAGUUCUGUGGAGUACCUGAAACUUAAGAAGUUACUGCACAAUGAUGGACCUGCUCAGGUAUUUUCAUUUGAGGAAGAAUCAGAAAUUCCGGAACUGAGAGAUUUUGUACACAAGUCUACAAAUCUACGGAGAAAAAUUGGUUUAAAGCGGUUGGUCCAGAAUUUGGGACAAUUUGUCUUUGAUCUCGAAAGUUACAUCACAGAUGGAGGAACACAGAGCCAUGGUACUCGGGAAAGUGUACGGUCUACGUUUGAAGGAAGUCUAAAUUCACUCAUGUCUGACUUAAACCCUAUCAUGGAGGGUCUUGCCUCGGAGAUUGAAGAACUCUUCAACAGUCAGAUUUACUGUAAGAUGAACGAAGGUGUAGACACUGCCAAAAAUACUUCCAAUUAUACUGCUGCUAAAUGGUGUUCACCGGUUAAUCGAGAUGACAAGACAAAAGGAGGCCUUCAUUUUGCUACAUACAUGGCUACAGUAAGACGUUCUGGACAGUUCAACUCUCCAACAUAUGGCCCAAUAGAUUUCAACGAACAGCUGACUGAACCUCUUUUCCGUACUGUUAGUGUCAGUUGGGGCACUGUGUUUGGGUUCCAUUUAUGGAAAGUGUUAGAUAAGUGUCACCAUUCCAUCUUGUUACGUGUCCAACAAUUCAUGGCUGUACUUUCUCAAAAGCUACAAGCUCUUGAGGUUGCCACAGACCGAGUACAGAGAGUAAAUGCCCAAUUGAUGGCAAGCCUUCAUACAAAGUUCAGGGAAAUGGUAUCACAACUGAAAGAUCUUGUUACUGAGAAACAAAGAGAGAUAUCUCGUGCAGUGGCGCCAUACAUCCAGGAGUCGAUGAUCAACAUAUAUUCUGACUGUGGGGAAGCAAAAGGCAAGGGCAUGUUCCAAAGAGUCAAAACUAUCGUAAAUCAAGGAAUAGACACCAAUCGGAUGUUUAUGUUCGAUAAUGCAUCUGAACUUCUCGUUAGCCAAAUGCGCAUUUUGCAGAAUGUUGUUGUAGAGCAUGUCCGUAUGGUCAUUGACCUGCUGUGUAAAGACAUUAAAAGUGCAUACGAACCUCUCUGGGAAAUGCCGUGUCACACAAGAAUACUGAAAGAUGCUUUAAUGGAAAGUAUCGGAGAUGCUUGUGUUCAAGUCCGAGAACUUUUCAAAGAAGCAGAUUUACAAGUGCCAGAGUUUAAAAUUCCCCCCAAACUCUCCGAUCUGCCGCCACCAAUUGUUCCUGAAAUUCCCAAACUUGAAUCCAUGCAAUCAACCAAUCUGCCUUCAUGUUUGAAAUUCUCUCCAAACAGUAAAGAGUUCCAACAACAGUUAGUUGAAACACUUUCCAACCAACAGCAGCAGCAGCAACAGCAGCAGCAGCAACAGCAACAGCAACAGCAGCAGCAACACCAUCAACAACAACAGCAGCAUCAUCAUCAACAACAACAACAGCAGCAGCAGCAACAGCAAUCGGUAUUACAGACAUCGCAAGCCAUGAAUGUGGGAAACAUUCCUGGCAUACGACAACUGGGUAUUCCACAGCUUGCCAUGAACUCUCUGCCACAGGUCCAGCAAGGUGCUGCAACCUUACCACCGCCUUCACAUGCUUCCCAGCAGUUUCCACAUCAUCUCCAGCAGCCGCAACAGCAGCAAGUGGUUGCACAUCAACUGCCACCUCAUCAACAGCUACAACAGCAAUCACAGAUGCAACACAUGCAGCUACAUCCCAACGCACCGCCCGGGAUAUCGUGGCCCACUGUUGUCAUCAAGAAGGAGCCUGGCUUGUCGGAGCCAGUUCGAACAAAUGUUGGUAACAGCCUAGAUCCCAGUUUCUCAAUGUCACAGGCUGAACAGUCAAACAACCAGGUACCGUGGCUACAAGACAACAGCCAACAUCAAAGUCUGUUCACUUUACAACAGCAAAUGCGACCUCCUGCACAUGAACGACCCCAUUCGAAUCCACAGUUUGCAGCCCCAGUCCCUCCAUUUCCAGGUGCUGUUCAAAUAAAAAGGGAGCCCACAGAUUUCUCAUGUUCUACAAAUCAAGGUAACCCUGGCCCCCUCGGCAGCCUCGCUGCGUUAACGGCACAAGUGAGCUCCAGCCAGACGUCUUCUAUGAACACUCCUACAUAUCUUCCAACCUCUCAGGCUAUCCCAACAUAUCCAUCAGCCACCGUCGUUGCUCCUCCACCCAUCAAGCUAGAGCGUAUGUCACCAGGUAACGGCCCUUUUAGCUGCAUGCAGCCAGGAGGUCCACCCCAGCCAGGCCCACCGUCCCAAGCUCAGUUGCAGUCAGUGGCUCUCCAUGGCAACCGUAGUGACUGCCGUUAUCCUGGUACCAACACGAUGGGAAGUUUGAACAUGUAUGCACAAAUAACAGGUGCACAGCAGCAUGCUGCCAAUAGAGGAGAGUUCUUCAGAGAAAUAGACAACCUCCAAGCUGCUCAGGCACAGGCUGCUCAAGCGCAAGCUGCACACCAAAGGACAUCACCGUUUCGCAAAAGCGGCAGCAACCCACUGAAGAACCUGGCCCUCAUGACCAAAUCAUCGCCCCCGUUGUUUGUUGCGCCGCAGCCACACCCUGCCGCUGUACAAAUUAAACAGGAGCCCGUCGAUUCGUUAAUCGGCAGCCCGGCUGUUGUUACAGCUGCAGCAGUACAGCGAAAUCAAGGGGCUCAUGUAAUGAACCCCGAACUGUUUGCACCCCAGGCCACAGGCUUGCCUCGAGGAUCGAUACCAAGUGGGGCUUUCCCCCCCACUGGCAGCGUCAGUCCUGUCACAUUACAACAGCAGCUGACACACUCUCAGCUAUCACCGCACCAACAACAGCAACAGAUUCAACUGCAAUUACAACAGCAGCACCUCCAACAGCAACACCACAUUCAACAACAACUGCAACAUCAACAGCUGCAGCACCAACAGUUACAGCAGCAGCAUCAACAGUUACAGCAGCAACUCGAGAGCCGGCGAAUACGAAGACCAUCAAGUGCUGAGAGGAGACAAUAUUAAUGUUCCUGGCACAGUGAGAUUUGUUCAGCGCACAGAUGGAGGUAACUGAAUUCAUGCUUGCUGUAAAGGUAUAAAAAAAAAAAAAAAAAAUUCAAAGAAAGAAAGAAGGAAGGAAUGAAGGAAGGAAAGAAACAGCCAUGUGAUAUGAAAGACUACUUG